AUGGCGCAGAUCAGCUUGUCCGAACUGGCCGACCUCUCCAUUGGGACCCCGGAAACCGGACACGUCAAUUUUACCGCCCUCCACACCUUGCUCCAUGCCAUCAUCAAGCACCUCAACCUGCAGGACCUGCAAACGGAGAUGCAGGAGGAGCCUGCGCCUCCGCCGGACAAGGGCCAACCGUGCGAGGCAGCACCGCCCUACGCUGACCUGGAGAAGAAAGUGGUCGGGGUAGAAGCUCAGGUGCAAGACGUGGUGGGCCAGCUUCAGGGGCUGGAGAAGCAGCUGUCUGCCCUGGAGAAACUCCCUUCCGGGUUAGACCUGCUGGAGAGGGCCAAGAGCGGCGCCCAGAACGAGUCCGCGGUGGCCGACAUGUGGCAAAUGAUGCAGAUGAAGAAGAGGAUCGAAGCGAACGAGAACGGCGUCUCCAAGUCCAUGUCUCUGUUGCAAGAUCUGCUGAACGAGGUCAAUGGUGUGAAGAUGGCUCAGGCCUACACAGAAAACAAGAUCAGAAAGAUCAAGGAAAAGCUUGGCUGGCUAAAUCCCCAGGAAGUUGACAGUCAACUGCAGCUCUGUUUCAUGGAUCAGAAGUAUCUGAAUACUGAUUUGAAAAGUCUAGAGCAAAGAUUGAGCCUCUAUCCAAGUCCAGAAGAACUGAGUAAUCUGGUGCGAUGGGAAAUUCUGGAAGACUGCCUCGUGACAAACAAAGGCAAGACCCCACCUUCUGCAUCCCAGUCUGUGGAGACCAUCAUAGGCCAGACUUCUCUGACCAGGCACCCAGGUUUAGCCACUGACACCCAUGCCAGGAAAGCCUCCGCCACUGGGGUGGGGGCUUCAGGGAGCCAGGUGGACUCUCUUGGAACUGCAGGGGGUACUUCCAGGAUGCAGACUGGUUCUCCUGGGAUCCAAGAGAGCACCCCAUCAGUUCAGACCAAGACGGCUGGAUCGCGGGGAAGACCUCCCUCUGUGCCGGGAGGGACCUCCGAAACCAGGGCAAGCACCCCCUCCAUGCCAGCAGGGAGCUCUGGGACACGAGCCAGCACCCCAUCUGCACCGCCAGGGACCCCUGACACCAGGGCAAGCACCCCCACCGCACCUGCAGAGAUCUCAGGGGCUCAGCCCAGGGCUUCAGAGGCUCAGGCGGGUGGUCAAGGAAUCCAGCUACGUUCCCCUGGUGCUGGGCCUAGUUCCCCAGGGACUCAGGCUGGGCCCGCUGGAGUGUCACCUGGGGUUGUGGGGACCCAGGAAGGUGCUCCUGGGAUGGAUGUUGAUGAAGUGUCUCCCAGUGCCUGGCCCAGUGCCCCAGGGACACCAAUGGGGGCUCCAGGGACUGAGGUGGGACAGCCAGGUACUUGGCGUGGCUCACCAGCCACUCUGAUAGUCACUCCCGGGAUCCAGGCUGGGGCUGUUGCUCUGCCGAUUCAGGUGGAUGGUCAGGCAGGGACUCCCGGAGCCAGGCACUGGGCUCCAGGACUUCCAACAGGUGUACUCGUGACUCAGAUGGCUGCUCAAGCAGGAGCUCCCAGCACACCGGGGACCCAGGUGAUGCCUUCCAGAGUUGGGCCCAGCAUGCCAGGGACCCAGGUGACACCUCCUGAAGCCGAGCCCAGCGCACCAGGGACCCAGGUGACACCUACUGGAGCCUGGGCCAGCGCACCAGGGACCCAGGUGACACCUACUGGAGCCUGGGCCAGCGCACCAGGGACCCAGGUGACACCUACUGGAGCCUGGGCUGGUGGACCAGAGACCCAGGUGAUGCCUUCCGGAGUCUGGACCAGUGCAUCAGGAACCCAGGUGACACCUCUUGAAGCUGGGCCUAGUGUGCCAGGGACCCAAGUGGCACCUCCUGGAGCCUGGGCUGGCACACCAGGGACCCAAGUGACACUUUCUGGAGCUUGGACUGGUGCUCCAGGGACCCAAGUGAUGCCUUCUGGAGUCUGGGCAGGUGUGCCAGAGACCCAGGUGACACCUCCCAGAGCCUUGGCUGGUGCACCAGAGACUCAUGUGACAUCUCCUGGAGCCUGGCCCAGUGCUUCAGGGACCCCAGUGGACAUGUCUGUGCCUCAGACAGCUGCCCCAGCAGGACCUCCAAGAGACUGGACUGGUGCUCCUUCAACUCCGUUGGCCAUCCCAGGAACCCAGGCUGGGCCUCCUGUAGCCCAGCCCAGCAUGCCAGGGCCCCAGGCAGGCUCCCUAGCAUCUCUAUUGGGCACCUCAGCAUUACAGCCUAUGGCACCUGUAGCAGCAUCCUCCUCUGCCACCCAGCUCGUAGUUCCAUCUGGGCCUUAUGUCACCCAGACCCCCUUGGCAACAUCCCCUGAGCAGAAGGACAAGCUCGGAGCCACUGCUUCUUUCCCACGUGAGUCCUCUGCAUCUAGCAGUACUGCCAGCCGCUACAGCGAAACCAUGGAGGCCCUGCGCCAGAUGGGGCAGCUGUCCAACCUCUACACUGCCCUGAAGGAGCAGGUAAACCAGCUGGAAGAAACCAAAUGUACCUACUCAGACCUCAGCAAGCUGAAGCAGCUCCUCUUGGAGACAGCCCGGAAGAACAUCCCCAGCCUCCCUGCUGCUGUCCUGGACCAGUUGUCAUCCUUGAAAGACAUGGCAGAGGACAUGAGAAGCACAAAGGAGAAGGAUGAGGAGCUGCUGAAUCGCAUCCAAAGCACCAUCAUCAAUGUGCAGGAAGACUGCGAGAAGCUCAACACUAUCACAGGGAACCUCAUCGAAGAGCAUCGCCAGAAGCAGAAAGACAUUGAUGUUCUGUUCCAGUCUCUGGAGAGACUGGAAAAGGAGAAAGCAGACAAGGAGCAUCUGGAGAUGGAAAUCGACGUGAAAGCUGACAAGAUCUCCCUGGCUAGCAAAGUCAGCCGCAGCCAGUUUGAUGCCACCCUGGAGCAGCUCAACAAAAUGAUCCAGGAUCUGCUGAAUAAGAUGACAGGGCAUGAACAGGACUGGCACAAAGUGCUUGACAAGCUCGUGGUGGAGAUGGACUCCAAGCUGGACCGCCUGGAGUUAGACCCAUUCCGGGAGCAGCUUGAGGAGCGGUGGAAGGCCAUCCGGAAGCAGCUGAAGGAGAAGUCUCCACAGUAUGAAGCAGAUGAAGCAGCUGGGAUCAGGAAGCGCCUGCUGGCUCAUUUCCACUGCAUCUCCUGCGACAGACCCCUGGACAUGGUGGUGCCUGGCCCGACCAUCACGCGCAUCCCCUCUGUGCCUAUGCUGCCGACUCACCGCUCUGUCCGGCCCUACACUGUCUACGAGCUGGAGCAAGUCAGGCAGCAGUGCCGCAGUGACAAGAUGGCAGAGAUGGAGUGUGGCUACCUGUCCGUACCUCGGCAUUGUGGUGGCAGCCACACCAUCACCUACCCCUACAGGCGCUACACACGGCUGCAGCAGAUUGCCCAUUGCGUGCCAGGGCACCCAGGGGAGACAACUAUGCUGGCAGUGAUGAAGCAUGACGAGGUGGAUAUCCUGGGCCUAGAUGGACACAUCUACAAGGGGCGGAUGGAAACGAAGCUACCGUCCAUUUCAGGGAAGAAUGGUCCUUUGAAAACCAAAUCCAAGCUCUCCCAAUCCUCCUUCCAGAAGCAGUCGACAGUCAUGGACAUGGACAGCUUUCCAGCACGCCCUCAGAGUGCCAAGCUGUCUUCCCUCAGUAACACAGCGAGGUCCCUGAAGGACUGGCCAGUGUCAUCCCAGGGUCGACUGUCCCAGACAAGCCUGAUCCAUCCACCACAUCCAACACAACCCCAGGAGGAAAGAGAUGACUUUCCCAUGCAGGAGAAAGAGACCCUGGAGUUUCAGCUCACUGUGCCCGUGGGCCAGCAGACGGACGAGCAGGCAGCUCCGUUUCAGUGAUGGUGGUGGCAGACAAGCGGCUCUCACUGGCGGAAACCAGGCAAUAAAGCGGGAGCAGAA